CAAGGUGGAGAGCCCUUUCUCUUAGGGAACUGGUGUCUGGACAAUUAAUUGUACCCCGAGUGCCACCUUUUGGUCACCCUGCGUACUGCAGCAUCUCCAUCCUCAGCCCCUUCCUGCUGCCGACAUGAAGAAGCUGCAGCACUCACUGACUAUAUUAACGAAUGACCUGUUGUAUAAGAGAGAGAAGCACAAACAAAAACAAUGGCAGAAGUGUAUAUGUGUGUAUAUAUAUAUAAACACAUGUGUAGUCUAUAUACUCAGACAGAUCCAUUUGUGCCUCACAACAUAUUUGCUCUGUCACAUCUGUCCAGCUGUGAUAUUAUUUGGGAACAUACAGUUCAUCUUUGUGUUCAGCACAGUUUUCACAACCGGGCUAAACGCCGGAAGAAGAGUCGAUUAUUAACUUGGUUAUGUUCCCUGGUAGUAAUUGUUUUUCCUUUUGUCAUUGCGUCACCUGCCGUGUUUCAUCCCAUGCAUGAACAAAAUAUACUUUUAAUGAGAUUUUAUUAAUGUUCAUGUCUGUUUCCCACUGUUUCCAAACUCUCUAUCGCGUCCAGUGUUUGUUGGAAAUGACAGUCUGACGCACCGGUGGGAGUUGGGUCCGAUGUUCUCCCGGCGCGCAGCGGAGCAUCGGGCGCCAGCUCUGUGAGCUGUGACGCGCAGGGGGAGGAGGAGUCCGCCCUGCGCUUAAAUACAAGUCUCCAGCCCGCAACUCAGACAGAAACGCACAGCAGAGCAACCGAGAACCCUGACUCCGACUGAAACAGCUGCUCCAGCGCUCUUUACGCACACACGCGCUUCACAGAGAGAGCAGUCCGCAGUCAGGUUUAACCAUGAUUAAGAAAAUGUCUCCAUCCGAGAGCGAUUUUGACAUCCCGGCGAAGAACUGCUACAGGAUGGUGAUUUUGGGAUCCACCAAAGUCGGGAAAACGGCCAUCGUGUCCCGGUUCCUGAACGGGAGGUUCGAGGAGCAGUACACGCCGACCAUCGAGGACUUUCACAGGAAACUGUACAGUAUCAAGGGAGACGUGUACCAGCUGGACAUUCUGGAUACAUCAGGGAACCACCCUUUCCCCGCCAUGAGGAGACUGUCCAUACUGACAGGUGACGUGUUCAUCCUCGUCUUCAGCCUGGACAACCGCGAGUCCUUCCAGGAGGUACAGAGGCUCAAGCGGCAGAUCUACGAGACCAAGUCAUGCCUGAAAAACAAGAUCAAGGAGAACAUCGACGUGCCUCUGGUGAUCUGCGGCAACAAGGGCGACCGAGAGUUUUACCGGGAGGUGCAGCAGGAGGAGAUCGAGCAGCUGAUGGCCGGCGACGACAAGUGCGCGUACUUCGAGAUCUCCGCCAAGCGCAACGAGAACGUGGAUAAGAUGUUUCAGACUCUGUUUACUUUGGCCAAGCUACCUCACGAAAUGAGCCCCGACCUGCACCGGAAAGUGUCCGUGCAGUACUGCGACAUGCUGCACAGAAAGUCCGUGAAAAACAAGAAGGUGAAGGACGCUGGUGAGGCGUACGGCGUGGUCACCCCGUGCGCGCGGAGACCCAGCGUGCACAGCGACCUCAUGUACAUUAAAGAGAAGGCGAUAGGAGGCGGCCAAGGCAAAGACAAAGAGAGAUGUGUGAUCAGUUAAAAAGCAGAGUGAGAGACAGCAGCUCAUCGCAGAUCUUUGAAAGAAGAAGGAGAGUCGGUGCGUCAGCUUGAGAAGCGACCUGUGCGCCCGGCUGCGCUCAAACUGACACGGGAGGUGUGGAGACGCCGCGGCCAGCGCCGCGCUCCGGCGCAGAGACACUGAGCGGACCAGCCUGUCCGCAGCAAACCACUUAAAAAAUACGCAUAACACGUAACCACGGGACAUAUGAGAAUGUUAGCUUAUUCUGUCUGUCAGAUCCACAUGUGGCUUCAUACCUUGUGAGACUCGCGCAUCGGUGCGUAAAAGUGUGUUUUGUUGACGUCAUGCCUUUUUAGAGAGUAAAGGAGACUUUUGGCUCAGGAGGGUCAAUAUAGUAGAGGAGAAAAAAUGUUGUUUACAUCUUAUACUUUUUAUAAUUGCUAAGUACACUUGAAUGUUUUUGUUGUUAUCUGAACUAUUUUCUAAUGUGAAUGUAUAUUUAUUUGUCAAAUGUCAAUUUUUGCAAAGAAAGAGAAUCUUACAAUACAAUAAAAAACUUAAAAUAUAAUGAAGGUUGCAGUGCUUCUCAUUUCUUAAGUUGUGUCUAUAAUGUUUCCCCCCUUCACACAAACCUGCUGGUUAUUUCAUAAAUAUCUGAAGGUCACAGACACUGAUGCUUAGUGAUGUGCACUACAGCAGAAUGUGAACCACACACUGGCUUAUCCUUCAGAACCAUCUAUAUUACAACAUAUAACAUUGAUGUUUUGCAGCUCUCUUGUCUUGAAAGACCUCAAAAUC